CUCGAACUCAUUUUAAAUCAAACUUGCCGCGAUAUGACAAUGUUGGUUUAUUUGAUAAAAUAUGCUUUAUUAUAGAUUAUGAGAAUAUUUACAAAGCCGUACGAGGUCGGAUAAUUUUAUUGUAUAAACCUUUUAAUCUUUUGAAAUGUUAAAGUGAAAAUAAAUUGGUGAAAGUGUGUUAAAAAAAAAACUUUCACCGUACCUUUGACUUGUAUGUUUUAAUUUAUUUAUGAAUGAAGAACAAAAUGACAAACGUUAGCAAUCUGAGUGUGGAAGACAGGGUAAAUAAUAGAAAAGGAUCAAAAAUGACCCAUGUUAUUUUCUGGUCAUUGCUAAUUGAUCUUAUGGCUUUCACUAUGAUAUUACCUUUGAUGCCAGCAUUGAUGGACCAUUAUCAGAAAACUGAUCCCUCGGAUGGUUUGUACCAUUAUUUUUCCAAAAUUAUUAAUAAGUUCCAAGUGCAAGUUGGAGCUCCUGAUGCUGCCAAUUCAGUUUUGUUUGGAGGUUUCCUUGGGUCCUUGUUUUCCUUUCUACAAUAUGUUGUUUCUCCAUUAGCUGGUGGGUUAUCUGACAGAUAUGGAAGAAAACCAAUCCUCCUCUCAUGUUUGGUAGGCAUUACUGUUUCGUAUGGUUUGUGGGCUGUAUCAUAUAAUUUUGCAUUUUUCGUAAUUGCUAGAAUCAUUGGCGGACUAAGCAAAGGAAAUGUCAGUAUUACUAUGGCAAUAAUCACUGAUGUUUCUACUGCGUCAACAAGAGCUGCUGGCAUGGCUUUGGUUGGUAUUGCAUUUUCUAUGGGUUUCAUCAUUGGACCAUUAAUUGGAGCCUUUAUUGCUAAAUGGGCCCUAUAUAGCGGUAAUAUGUAUUGGUUUGUUUUACCAGCUUUAUUUGCCCUUUUUCUAUCUGCAGUGGACAUUAUCUUUAUUUACUUCUUCUUUGAGGAAACUCUUCCAAAGGAAAAACGAGCCAAAUCGAUUGCAGCUAGUUUAGGGCAUGCUAUGACCUACAUCAAUAUAAUUUCAUUAUUUAAAUUUUCUGCUGUUCAGAACUUAUCACAAUCAGGAAGAGAGUCUUUAAUACGUUUGGGAUUGAUUUAUUUUGUGUAUCUUUUUCUUUACUCCGGUUUGGAAUUCACCUUGACCUUUCUUACUCAUUACCAUUUUGGUUUUACUCCUAUGCAUCAAGGAACAAUGUUCUUUUGUAUUGGAUUUGUUAUGGCUAUUCUCCAAGGAGGAUAUGUCCGCAGAAUACCUACUAAUAAAGUUAAAACUGCUGCUUUUUUUGGACUGCUGCUUAUUGUUCCAUCUUACAUUUCUGUUGGUGCUGCGUCAACUGAAAUACUUCUUUAUUUUGGUGUCUUUCUUUAUGCUUUGUCUACUGCUUUUGUUGUCCCUUGCCUAACAACACUGGCAUCUCAGUUUGGAGGAGAUGACACAAAAGGUACUGUGUUAGGGGUGUUUAGAUCUCUUGGAGCACUUGCAAGGGCUCUUGGCCCCAUUGUCGCUUCUAUCUCAUUUUGGACAUUUGGUUCGAGGGUGACCUAUCUGGUAGGGGCUGUUGCACUUCUGUGGCCUUGCUAUACUUUGAAAAAAACCAAGUUUAAAAAUGAAUAAAUUAAGACUAUUCAUUUAAAAACAAAACAAAGGAAUAAAAAAGUAAGAAAGCAUAACUUCUAUUAUGAAUGGUAAUUCAUAUUAACAUGAGGUUAAGUGCUGGACUGAAAAAAAGGUAAUUAUUUUGUUUUUUAUUGUAAUCUUAAUCAUCAUUUAAAUCAGUACCAGAUUUUGAUUGCUAAUAAAACCUAAAGUAUGACAUUCGAAUAGGCAG